CGGCGCUGAGAUCGGAGAGUCGGGCACGGAGACAUGAGCAGGGGAAGCGGCGCGGGUUACGACCGCCACAUCACCAUCUUCUCACCCGAGGGGCGGCUGUACCAAGUCGGUGCGUCGCGCCCCGAACCCGCGUGGCGGCGACGCCCGAACCCCCCUCGCCCCAUCAUCCCGUCCCUCUUCACGCCCGCGCGCAUCGCGAGACUGACCGGAGAUCCCGUCCCGUUUCCACCCUCAGAGUACGCGUUCAAGGCGAUCAAGUCGGUCGGCGUGACGUCCAUUGGCGUGCGGGGUAAGGACAGCGUGUGCGUCGUCACUCAGAAGAAGAUUCCGGACAAGCUCUUGGACCCCACGGACAUCACCCACAUGUUCAAGAUCACCAAGACCAUCGGGUUGUGCGCCACCGGCAAGCUACCCGACAUCCGCAACGUCGUGCAGAAGGCGCGCCACACCGCGGCGGAGUUUCGCCACGAGUACGGCUACGAGAUUCCCGUGGAUUACCUCUCGUGCAAGCUCGCCGACUGGUUCCAGGUGUACACCCAACACGCGUACAUGAGACCGAUGGCGGCGAUGUGCAUGUUCGUCGGCAUCGACGAGGAAAGAGGCCCGAGCCUGUACAAGAACGAUCCCGCCGGGUAUUUCGUGGGUUACAAGGCGACGAGCGCGGGCGCCAAGGAGCAGGAGGCGAUCAACUUCCUCGAGAAGAAGGUCAAGGGGAAAGACGCCGGCAACACGUUCACGGAGCAGGAGACUGUGCGCACCGCAAUCGCGUGCCUGCAAACCGUUCUCGGGGAGGAUCUGAAGGCGCGGGAGCUGGAGGUUGGCAUCGUGACGGUGGACGAUCCGAACUUCAGGCUGCUCAGCGAGACCGCCAUCGAGGACCACCUCACGGCCAUCUCCGAGCGCGACUGAUCGGUUGGGGGAAGAGUGUAGCUUAUAUGUGAAUCGAAUCGAGAGGGUUCAACCUCACCUACGUUUG